AUGAGCGCCCAUGUCGUGGUAAUAGACUCGACAGCCAGACGAGCAACAGUUAAGACGACACCGACCAAACAUCUCACAGACAUUUUACAAGAGGCAUGCUCGAAGUUUGGGUACAAUGCCAAUCAAUAUGGCCUCAAGCACAAUCGCAAACAACUGGAUAUGUCUCUUUCUUUCCGUCUCUCAGGCCUUAGCUCUGGUGCAAAGCUAGAGCUUGUUCAGCUUUCCCGAUCUCCCUCCGUUGUCACAGUUGCCCUUCAACUGCCAGAAUCCGAAGCUCGUGGUGCCCCAAACGGACGUAUAAUGGACAAGUUUCCAAGCACAACUACUCUCUGGUUAGUGCUGCGCAAGUUUGAAGCGGGAGUAGCAGGAAGUGGACCUGUACGAAACCUUACAGCACGAGGAUUACCCGCUACGAAUGGUGGGGACUCUGGCUCUGGACGGUUGUUCUAUGAGAUUCCCGUUCUUAGGAUCUUGGAGCGCGAGCUGUCAAGCUUCACGGAUUUACAGAAGUCGCUUGCACAGUUAGGUUUCAAUAGCGGAAACGUGUUGAUCCGCCUCGGCUUUCGACUAACUGAGGAGCCUCUCGAGGAAGCUAUGGUGAAGAUUGGCGAGUACUUCCAAUCAAGCGGGGAUGAUACACCAGUGCAACCACAGAACACAGCCACUCCAGCUCCUGUAAAAGAGAACAACGAAGAGAUGAUUUCACAGGAGCCCCAAAGUGAACCAGUUUCCUCGUCUAUACCUGAGCCAGCUACUUCCACUGCGCCCUCAGCAGCUCCGGAGCAGUCUGCUUCAACAUCUGAACGACACAUCACCGUCUUCUCCCCUCCAUCUGACGACACACCAUCAUCUGCACAACUCUCAUACCAUGAAGAAGACUAUAUUCCCUCCAUUGAACAUGCCAAAGCCCACCAACGACAGCUCAAUGAACUAUCCCGCCCACAGCGUCUACCAACAGACGCCGAAAUCGCCGCCAAGGUCGCCGCCGAAGAAAAGCGCCGUGCAGACAUCCGCGAGAUCGAUGUGAAAGUACGCUUUCCAGAUCAGAGUCAGGUAGUGACCAAGUUCGGACCAAGUGAUUCAGGCCAGUCUCUUUAUGACUUUGUUCGCGGUUGUCUGGCACCCACCUAUACCGAGAUACAAUUCGCUUUGAAUGCUUUUGUCACUACAGCCGCUCGAGCUGGACACGCCCAUGCCAUCCCGAACGACAAAACUCUUCUGAUCAAGGAACUUCGUCUGCAAGGUCGAGUCUUGAUCAAUUUCACAUGGGCCGAUAACGCAAGCUCAGCGAUCCAUCAGAAACGAACCAAUCUCCUGCGCCCGGAGCUUCGUAGUCAGGCUCAGGAACUGAAGAUUGAACAACCACCGGAUGUCAUCGAGGAGCCCGCGGCACCAAAAGCCGAAGCAGGCCCUAGUGGUACUACAGAUUCAGGAAAGCCUGUACCUAAGAAGACCGGCGGUGUACCCAAGUGGUUGAAGCUUCCUGGAAAGAAAUGA